AUGAGCGACGACGAUGGUAAUCGGAAUAGGAAUAAGAAUGGCCCGUGGACGCCGCCAAACAGACCCUACCAGGAGAGAGAGGAAGACAUGAAGAUUUGGGGAAUUCUGGUGUUUGGUCUAAUUGGCGCCACCGCCACAACUCUCGCGGUUUCACAGCUUCGUAGGACCGUUGAUUGGGUCUAUACUCAGUUGUUCAGAUCACAAUCAUCGUGGAAAGGAGGAAGCGGUAGUUCAUUCCGGACAUCCUUUCAGGAGGAAGCAUGGAAAAAAUAUAAUCGUCGCAUGCAAGAGGAGUAUGAGGAAGAACUGGAGAGAGUGGAACGUAUUAGGCGUAUGCAAAGUGUAUUCAAUAGAGAGAGGAACAAAUACAAAAGCAGCUAUGAGAGCUGGAGGGAAAAUGGUCAAGGUGCAUACCAUCAACAUUUCCAGCGAGAAGAUUGGUAUUGGAAAACUGAUACAUCCUUCAAAGACCGGAGGAAUAACUACAGGGAGACUCCUAGGGAAAAUGCAAGCUAUUUAUUAUCGCAUCACUACUCAAUAUUAGGCCUUGACAGGUUUAGAAAGGCACCUUACACGGAUGCUGAGAUUAAGACAGCGUUUAGGACCAAGGCAAAGCAAUUUCACCCAGAUCAAAACCAAGAUAAUAAAGAGGCUGCUGAAGCAAAGUUUAAAGAGGUAAUGACGUCCUACGAGGCCAUAAAGAAAGAGAGGGGAAACAUGAAUCUGUGA